AUGAUAUUUUGGCUCGCCAUAGCACCAGUCUAUGGCCAAUACUACUCUGAAACUGUUAUGCCACCGCCUCGGCCGGGGAAGUUGACCCGACUCCACUUCUUCUUCCACGAUAUCCUCAGUGGCACCAACCCUGGUGCAGUCCCAAUAGCCCGUCCUAACACCACCAACGCAGGCCUAUACCUCAACUUGAUUGCGAUGGAUGAUCCCCUGACCGUGGGACCAGAACAAACAUUGAGGAGAGUCGGAAACGCCCAAGGGCUCUACGUAUGGACCGCUAAAGACCCUACCCUGUUCGGUGCAGUUUUGUACACUGAUUUUUCGUUUACGAGUGGCAGGUUCAAUGGGAGCUCCUUCAGAUUUUUCUCGCAGUUUCCGAUUACGGAAAUCGCUCGAGCCAAGGAACAAGUUAUUGAAAUGGCAAUAGUGGGAGGGAGAGGUGCGUUUAGGAUGGCCAGAGGGUAUGCUCUGACGCGGGCAACUUAUGUAAACCUCAUGAAUGGGGAUGCUAGUCUCGAGUUCAAUGUUACUUUGUACCAUUACUAA